GAGGAGCGGGACGGAUUUUCUGCCUGCACCAUUUUUCCUCCCUCUCCCCCCAGCAACCCACACCUUCCCUCUCUGCUUCUGCUGCCUAUUACUCACCUCGGCUCUGCAGCAUCUUCACAUGAGUCCAGCCGAGCUUGUUCCGGUUCUGGUUCUGGUUUUGGUGGGGAACGUCAUGGUUCGAGCGGCGCCCAAUUUACUGUGAGGAAAAUGUGCGGAACGCGUCGCCUGGGAUAAACAAAUGGUCGCUUCGGAUUGCCAGGAUUCAUGGAGACAACACAAGACUGCGCCUGUUACAAAGUUGUGCAAGCAAAAGUCUGGGAAAGUCCCAGGAAAAAAUGCCAUUCUGGAGGCGAAAUACAUAUGUUGAGAAGGAACGCCGUGUCAAAGCCAAUGCACGAGAAUACAAUGAGAAGUUCUCAUACGCCAACAAUCACAUUAAGACUUCAAAGUACAACGUCUUCACCUUCCUGCCCAUCAACUUGUUUGAGCAGUUCCAGAGGGUGGCGAAUGCUUACUUUGUUGUACUGCUGAUCCUCCAGUUAAUCCCAGAAGUCUCGUCUCUGUCCUGGUUCACAACCAUCGUGCCUUUGGUUUUGGUGCUGGUGAUCACAGCUGUCAAAGAUGCCACCGACGACUACUUUCGACACAAGAGCGAUCGGCAAGUCAACAACCGCCAGUCUCAGGUUCUCAUCAGAGGAAGUUUACAGAAGGAGAAAUGGAUGAAUGUUCGAGUGGGAGACAUCAUCAAACUGGAGAAUAAUCAGUUUGUUGCUGCCGAUAUCCUCCUGCUGUGCAGCAGCGAACCUUAUGGCCUUUGCUAUAUUGAGACAGCAGAGCUGGACGGGGAAACAAAUCUGAAAGUCCGCCAGGCCUUGAGUGUGACCUCAGAUUUGGGAGACGUUUCAAAACUGAUGGACUUUGAUGGAGAAGUCAUUUGUGAACCACCGAACAACAAGCUGGAUAAAUUUACAGGAACGUUACACUGGAGAGACAAUAAAUACUCUCUGGAUAAUGAAAAUAUGCUGCUGCGCGGUUGUGUUCUCAGAAACACUGAGUGGUGCUUCGGCAUGGUUAUAUUUGCUGGGCUACAAACCAAGCUGAUGCAGAAUUGUGGACGGACUAAAUUCAAACGGACCAGCAUUGACAAACUUAUGAACACACUAGUUUUAUGGAUUUUUGCCUUCCUCAUCUGCAUGGGGGUAAUUUUGGCGAUAGGAAACACCAUCUGGGAGACAUGUGUGGGCAGAAAGUUUGAGCUGUUCCUACCAUGGGAUGAGUUUCAGAGCAGCGCAGUUUUUUCUGGGUUCCUCACCUUCUGGUCCUACAUCAUCAUCCUCAACACUGUUGUCCCUAUUUCCCUGUAUGUCAGUGUGGAGGUCCUGCGGCUCGGUCACAGUUUCUUCAUUAACUGGGACCGGAAGAUGUACCACAACCAGAGCGACACGCCAGCCGAGGCUCGCACCACCACCCUGAACGAGGAGCUCGGACAGGUCGAGUUCAUCUUUUCGGACAAGACCGGCACGCUGACGCAGAACAUCAUGGUGUUCAGCAAGUGCUCCAUUAAUGGGCAGUCGUACGGUGAUGUCUAUGAUGAAUUCAACCAGAAGGUGGAAAUUACAGAGAAAACAGCGUGCGUAGACUUUUCCUUUAACCCGCUCUGCGACAAAACCUUCAAGUUUUACGACUGCAGCCUGGUUGAAGCCGUCAAACAGCAGGAAUCUGCAGCACAGGACUUCUUCAGACUGCUGGCUCUGUGCCACACCGUCAUGCCGGAGGAGAAGAGUGAAGGGGAUCUGGUGUACCAGGCACAGUCACCGGAUGAAGGAGCGUUGGUAACUGCAGCUCGAAACUUUGGGUUUAUCUUCCGGGCUCGAACUCCAGAAACCAUCACGCUUUGUGAGAUGGGAAGAGAGGCUACCUACGAGCUGCUGGCCAUACUGGACUUCAACAACGUGCGCAAGAGAAUGAGUGUCAUUGUGAGGAAUCCCCAAGGUCAAAUUAAACUAUAUUGCAAAGGAGCUGACACGAUCAUCUUUGACCACCUGGAUCCGUCCAGCGAAGACCUCAUGUACGCUACCUCAGAACACCUCAGUGAAUUUGCAGGAGAAGGGCUUCGAACUCUAGCUCUUGCCUACAAAGACCUCAGCGAAGAAUAUUAUCAGGUGUGGCAGAAGAAGCUUCACUACGUGAGCACUGUGCUUGAGAACCGUGAAGAGCAGCUGGCUGCUCUCUACGAGGAAAUAGAACAAGACAUGAAGCUUCUUGGAGCCACAGCAAUAGAGGACAAACUUCAAGAAGGAGUCCCAGAGACAAUCGCUUGUCUGAAUCUAGCCGACAUCAAGAUCUGGGUCCUAACAGGAGACAAGCUCGAGACGGCGAUGAGCAUCGGUUACUCCUGCAACAUGCUGCGGGACGACAUGAAUGAGGUGUUUGUUAUCUCUGGGCUCACGCAGCUGGAGGUGCAGCAGCAGCUCAGGAACGCUAAGGAGAACAUCCUGGGCCUGAGCCGGGUGAGCAGCACAGGAGACGUCGAGAAAGGCGACGUGUUUGCAGAAGAUUCGGUGUUUGAAGAAACGAUUAUUUCUGAGUAUGCCGUGGUCAUCAGUGGUCACAGUCUGGCUCACGCGCUGGAGCCCCAGCUGGAGCACGCGCUGCUCGAUCUGGCCUGUUUGUGCAAAACGGUCAUCUGCUGUCGGGUCACGCCGAUGCAGAAAGCUCAGGUGGUGGAGCUGGUGAGGAGGACCAAGAUGGCCGUCACGCUGGCCGUGGGGGACGGCGCCAACGACGUCAGCAUGAUCAAAACCGCCCACAUCGGCGUAGGCAUCAGCGGACAGGAGGGGAUGCAAGCUGUUCUGGCCUCGGAUUACUCCUUCGCUCAGUUUCGGUACCUGCAGAGGCUGCUGCUGGUGCACGGCCGCUGGUCCUACUUCCGAAUGUGUAAUUUCUUGGCCUACUUCUUCUACAAGAACUUUGCCUUCACCCUGGUCCAUUUCUGGUACGGCUUCUUCUGUGGUUUCUCUGCACAGACUGUGUACGACCAGUGGUUCAUAACCCUCUUCAAUAUUGUUUAUACAUCGUUGCCAGUUCUGGCGAUGGGACUUUUUGAUCAGGACGUUAACGACCAGAACAGCCUUCGCUACCCGAGCCUGUACAAACCGGGCCAACAGAACCUGCUCUUCAACAAACGCCAGUUCUUCCUCUGCACGCUACAAGGCAUGGUGACGUCCUUCCUGCUUUUCUUUAUUCCCUACGGAGCGUUCUCCGUCAUGCUGAGGGACGACGGCUCAGACUUCUCCGACCAGCAGGCGUUUGCCGUCACCAUAGCAACAACGUUGGUCAUUGUUGUGAGUGUUCAGAUUGGACUGGAUACACACUACUGGACAGCAGUCAAUCAUCUGUUUAUGUGGGGCAGCCUGAUCGUGUAUUUUGCCAUUCUCUUUGCAAUGCAAAGUGACGGCCUGUUUGGCAUCUUUCCAAGUAAUUUCCCAUUUAUUGGUACGGCGCGUAACUGUCUCUCUGAGAAGAAUGUGUGGUUGGUCAUCCUGCUCACCACUGUGGUGUGCAUUUUGCCCGGCUUAGUCGUGAGCUUUCUGAGAGUCGACCUCUUCCCAACUAUAACAGACAAGGUUCGUCAUCUGCAGCAGUCCAGGAAGAAACAACGGCCUCAGGAACAGAACCUGAGGCGAGUCCGCCGGACAAGCUCUCGCCGCUCUGCCUACGCCUUCUCCCACCAGCAAGGCUACGGAGAGCUGAUCACCUCAGGCAAAAACAUGAGAGUGAGCACACUAUCUUCCACUCGCUCCCUGGAAAGAAUAGCGCAGAGCUCCAGCUGGAUAGAAAAUAUACUGAAGAGGAAGAACGAAGUCUCAGCAGAACCAGCUGAGAGCCAUAAAGCAGACAGGCUGAAGUAACACUAGAGGAUUCAAGUGCCUAACCAGAGUAUGAACACCCAUUUUACAUUGUUUUUCUAAAGGUUUUCCUGAAGUUGAGUUGAAAAAAAUGUAGAAAUGUUACCUGAAAUGCCUAAAGUAAGCAUAUUUGUGUGUUUAACCACAUACUAUUACACUACAAAAUUCAAGUGUGUUUGUUAUGUAUGCUUGUGUUUUUCCUAAAUCCUAUAAAUUUGUUUCGUACCGUAUUUUCCGGACUAUAAGUCGCACCAGCCAUAAAAUACAUAAUAAAGCAGGAAAAGACAUAUAUAAGACGCACCGGAGUACAAUUAGCAUUUUUUGGGGAAAUUUAUUUGAUAAAAUCCAACACCAAGAACAGACAUGUCAUAUUUAAAGGCAAUUUAAAAUAAAAAUAGAAUAGAGGCAACAACAAGUUGAAUAAUUGUACGGUAACGUUACAUGACAAACAGCAAACUGAGAAUGUGCCUGGUAUGUUAGCAUACCAUAUUAAGAGUUAUUCAGAUAACUAUAGCAUAAAUAACAUGCUAACAAGUUUACCAAACCAUCCGUGCCACUCCAAAUCACUAAACGCAAUAAAAUCUUCAUCUUCAUUGUCACCCUAUAAACAACUCUGCUAACUCCUGAGGUAGCUUCUACCACACACAUUAUCAACACAGGCCUAGAGCGCCCUCUUGCAGUUUAGUGUGAAAAUAACAUGUGAUAUGAUAUAAUGAUGUGUUAAUAAUUUCACACAUAAGUCGCUCCAGAGUAUAAGUCGCACCCCCGGCCAAACUAUAAAAAAACUGCGACUUAUAGUCUGUAAAAUACGGUAUUUUCUGGAGUAUUUUGACGUGUUGUCUAAGGAACAUUCUGACUGGAUGAAAGCGAUUUGUCUGGCAGUAGGGUUCAUUUCCAUAAGGAUUUUGAUUCUAGCUAUUUGCAGUGAAAAAGUUAUGACAUUUUUGGCCUUCUUGGUGUUCCAUACAUGAGGAGCAGGAACGUCAUAGUGGACCACAUUUAGCAACCAGGUGUGAGACAUGUACACACUCAACAGCGCCGGUCAUUGCUUACACAUGUAACCCUCCUUUGCCGGUCUCAGGUCCAGUAGGUUGACUUCACAACAGACACACUCAGGUUCACCGUAUUUACUCUAACAAAAAAGAAAAUAAAGUUGCAGGUUAACCUAUUAGCAGCUUCUGACUCCAUAGAUAAAAUUAAAUUUAAUAAAAUAAAUAGCCCUUAACAAACUAAUGCUUCUCAAUGAGGGCAGUUAACAGUAAUAGAAUUAAACACAAGCAAAAUGCACAUUAAUUAUGGUACUAGCAGUCAAAAAAAACAUACAAAAUAUGGCAAAAUUACACAUGUGACUAAGUUAAUCUACAAUAUGUGUUAAUAUUGAAUACUUACACAGAGAAAAAAUACCAUAGUUGCAAAAUGGCAGCAGAAAAAAAGGGGACAAACUAUGGUGACCACAUCACUCUUAUUGGGUCUGGACUUAAAGUUAUAUCAUAAUAUUAUGUGAGACUAUUCCAAUAAUGAUAAAAGUGAUCAUAAAAACUCCUUCUUAGUUAUUUCUUAUAUAACUGUAGCACAAUGACCUCAUGGCAGAGCAAUUAUAGCGCCACAAAUGCAAAUAAUGCUCUUGAAAAACAAUAAAGGAGUGUGUAUCACUGUAACUGCAUUUAAUCAUGUAUUUAACUUUAUUGAUAUUUACUGAUAUUAUAAUUUAACAAACAGUGGAGAAAACAGUAAAAAUAAUAAUCUGAAACAGUUCUGAGAGAUUUUAAACAUCAUUACCUGGAAUGUGAUAAUAAAUCAACUAUAAAUCAAAAUUCUUAUCAUGAAAAAAAAUAUCACAAUAUAUCAUAAACGAUACGAUUAUCUUUUUUUUCUUUUUGAUGUUUGGGAGGCCUUGCUCUCACAACAUAUUAAUUACGCAUUAGUGAACUCUAUUAACUAAUUAUGUAACUUCUGGAUCAAAUUAAAAGUGGGCACAAUAUUUUCUUGUUUCUCUUUCACAUAAAAUACAUUUAAGUUUGUUGCUGUAAUGUAAGAAAAUGUGAAAAAGUCCAAAGGGUUCGAAUACUUUAUAUUUGCAUGGAUCUGACAAACCAAGCACAAGCUGUGAGUGCUUUUUUUAUAUUAUUUGGGUAAAUCGAAGCUCAAACGAUUACGAAGCAUACCUCACUUUUUAAUACUGUGAAUCGUGUCAAGGGAAAGUCUGGAGGAAUUUCUGGGUCCCUCCACAAUCUGGAAUUUGAUUUUAGUAUUUUCCACAUUUGGACAAGAAUAAAAAACAAAAUAAAAAAAAUUUUGCUUCCUUGUGUCCUGCCUUCUUUCUUCAUUUUUUCAAUCCAUCCUUGGUUUGUUCCUGAUUUGUUCUUUUAGUUCUUUGUUCCUGUUUUACCAUAUGUAGAAAAGUAAAAAUAAAAAAAUUCCAGCUCCUGAAUAUUAAAAAUAAAUUGUUUGGAUUAGUUUGGUGAAUUAAAAGCCCAUAAAGCAAAACUCAUCUUUGAGUUGAAAGA